CCUUUCCUCCCAAAGCAGCACUCUUGGACGGCAAUUAGCUGGCCAUACUUGUGCGCGCAGUGGGUUCUUAAGCUGGUGAUGGGAUCCCAGCACCCAUCGCCAAUCUCACAAACACCAACAAGAUGCACGACCUCAAACCGCUCAUUCUCCCAAAGCUCGUAGCAGCCCGCAAAUCUUCCAAAAGCUCUCUCACCAUGUCUGACGAGCCCACUUCGUCCGUCUAUUCAAACACAGAUUCUGGCUUCUACUCGGCUUCGGAAUGCUCCACUCCGCCCACGCCAAGUUACCACUCGCGUGGGCACCUUCGCUUCCCCAGCUCCGUCUCAUCACUCUCGUCGAGCCCGCCCACCCACGAACCCAUUGAACCGCCCAAUAGCUCUGGAAAGCUGCCUAAGCUUACUGAGGAGCCUAUCGAGCGCGAAUAUGACUACCCUAGCACGGAUCCUUGUCGCUGCUCCUGCGAUGUUUAUAUUGAUGGCCACACACAGGAUUGCCGUAUAGCCAGAGCUUAUGACCUAGAAGACGAAUAUUUCCCCCAUUGCGAUUCGGAACUACGCCAAGCUAAGCGACGACGGUCCCUAGAGGCAUCCGCUCAUAGCAUCGCCGGCAAGCUCGAGAGGCGCUUUCCCUCGCUCUCGCGUAAAGUAAGAGACCGCAGCUCAACCCUCAGCAAGGUAUCGCGAAGCGCAACCCCGUCAAGAGUCCCGUCCACGCGUUCGUCAUCACUUGCUGGCUCCAUCCACCAUGUUUCCACCAUCGAUCUCUCCGAGGAAGUCUCCUCGCCGAUUUCCACGCCUGCCCUCGCAAGCAGAGAACAGCUAGACGACAACUCACCUACACCCAUGGCGAUUGAUGUCGAGAAGGCCAAUGCUAUGAACAUCAGUGUAGAAGAGGUCGAUGCCGAGCGACGAUAUGCUACCACUCCUCUGCUGCCUCCACUACUAGUCAACUGUCGCAACGACGACUUGCCAGCAUCAUCGCCACUUCAGUCACCCACUGUUGCCGAUUCAACGCAGUCUCUACUCCCAACACCCAUUGGUACUCCUACAGUGCGCGGCUACCCUACUCCACCUCUGUCAUCAAAACCAUCAAUCGCAUCCAUCAAAGGGUCGAGGACCGGUUAUGUGGUGUCAUCCACCGAUAUACCACCCAUGAUGCUCGCCGACCCGAACGACAAAUGGGCCAACUUGUUGGGUCAUGCCAACUUCACCAUCCUUCCUGAGCCCUAUGUACCUCAAGUGUGCAAUGCUGCCACAGUCACACAGCAUUUUGAUGAUUGGGAGCAAGCGCAGCACAAUUACGCAAAGCAUCAAGUGCGGACCGCGGAGCACUACGGCGUCACUUCGAAGCACUAUCUGCUCACUGAACAGAAAUGGGCAGAGAUUCACGCCGAGUGGAAGAAGAACUACGAUCUAGCAAAGUCGCACGCAGCGGCCAUCGGCCAAGAGCUAGCACCAACUUCGCCUACCGAGCCAGGACCUCUCAGUACGAUGCCCACACUUAAUGACCCAAAGAGUGAGGGCAAGUUUCCAAAGCUAGGAGACGAAGACAUCGUGGGCCCUAUGCAACAAGCCGCAGCACUACUUCCCCAAACACCGUCACGCAAGCGUGCGUUUUUCAAGUUCCUUAGCGACUUGUUCGUUCCACGGGCUGGCACAGUUCGAGGCCUCUAGACCCCGGGUUUGCGCGCCCCUUCCUCUUCUUUCUUGUCCAUAUUUGUGUGUCAUUAAUACCCAUUGUUGCACGAUUGUACUACUGCUUCGCUUUGCAUGCGCUAAGGGGGUUUUACGAAAGUUUGACUGUAUGACCAUAUUGGCUCCAUCAUUCGAGCCACGGUCACUUGUUCGAUUCAAAUAUUUACGAAUUUC